GCACGGUGCGAGGACCCUGGUCCGGAUGCCCCGCCAUGCAGCGCCGCGAGCCCACCGUGCCGCUCUUGCUACUGCUGCUGCCUCCUCUGCUGGCGCUGCUGCUCGGGGCGGCCACCGCGGCUCCCCUGGCACCGCGACCCUCCAAGGAGGAGCUGACCCGCUGUCUGGCAGAGGUGGUCACAGAAGUGCUGAUGCUGGGCCAGGCCAAGCGAGGCCCCUGCAUGGCUCUGCUCCACAAAGAAAUGUGUGAGACAGAGUCCUGCGGCUGUGGGUCCACUGAAGAGAAAGGCCUCCUGGUUGGGGAUUUUAAAAAGCCAGAGGCUGGGAAGACAAGGUCCAGCCAGGAGGUGAGGGACGAGGAAGAGGAGGCAGCAGAAAGGACCCACAAGGCCGAAGUGCGGGAACAGGCCAUCCGCGGGCAGCUCCACGGCCAGCUGCGCCAGGAGGACCACAGAAAGGAGGAGGAAAAGGAGAGGGGGCCCGUGGAGACCAUUGAGGGCCCGUGGAAGCGGGUGGCAGAGCAGACCAGCGAUGAGGAGACGGCCCAGUUCGAGGCAGAGGAGAAGGGGGUGCAGGUGCUGGGCAGGGGCCACAGCCUGUGGCCGGGGGCCGAGGCGGGUGGAGAGAGGCACGAGGACCGCCACCACCUCCACCAGGCAGAAGCUGAGCCCAAGCAGGAGAAGAGAAAGGCUUCGGACAGGGAGGAGCAUGACGUGGAACGGCUGGAGCACACGAGAGAUGAGCUGAAGAAGGCGACGGAGAUGCUGGGAGAGGAGCUCAGGAGGGUGGGCUGACCCCUGACCUCGUGUCCUCCUUCCUCACACACCCUACGGCUUAGGACUGUUGACACCCAAACCCUUCCAGUCCGUCACCCCAUUCUGCUCCCCAACCUGCAGGAGUGGGGAGAAGGGUGCGCCUUGAAACCAGGCCUGAGGGGCCAAGUCUGAGCUGGGUAGAGGGGCUGGGCUCAGACUGACUCAGGAAACAGCCCUGACACCCGUCUAACGCAGUCCAACCCGCCCGAGUGAAUAAAGCACAAAGAAAACCACCAAG